UCGCUUGAGAGUGUCUUUGCCGGUUUCUCCUUAAAUCAGGGUUUCAGCGAUGAGUUCGAAGGAGGAGAAGUCGGAAGGCGGCGGAUUCUUCUCGGCGAUAUCUUCAAGUGUGAAGUUUUGGGGUAGCGCUGUGCAGAAAUCUGUUUCAGGGUUGUUGGGUUAUGAAGGCCUCGAAGUUAUUAAUCCCGAAGGAGGCACAGAGGAUGCAGAAGCUGAGGCAGAAAGAGGAAGAUGGAAGAAAGAGGACAGGGAUGGUUAUUGGAAGAUGAUGCAGAACUAUAUUGGAGCAGAUGUUACGUCAUUGGUGACGCUUCCCGUGAUAAUUUUUGAACCAAUGACCAUGAUUCAGAAAAUGGCUGAGUUAAUGGAAUACUGUCAUCUGCUGGACCUUGCUGAUGAAACUGAUGACCCUUACAUGCGAUUGGUCUAUGCUUCUUCAUGGGCGGUCUCCGUUUACUUUGCCUAUCAACGAACAUGGAAACCUUUUAAUCCCAUCCUUGGAGAAACUUAUGAAAUGGUCAAUCACAGGGGAAUCACAUUUAUUGCAGAGCAGGUGAGCCAUCAUCCUCCAAUGAGUGCAGGGCAUGCAGAGAAUGAACAUUUUGUUUACGACAUUACCUCCAAACUAAAAACCAAAUUCUUGGGGAAUUCUGUAGAAGUAUACCCUGUGGGGAGGACAAGGGUGAAACUGAAAAAGGCUGGCGUUGUCUUGGAUUUGGUGCCUCCUCCCACAAAAGUUAAUAACCUUAUAUUUGGCCGUACUUGGGUUGACUCUCCUGGGGAGAUGGUAAUGACAAACUUGACAACUGGGGACAAAGUUGUACUAUACUUUCAACCUUGUGGUUGGUUCGGCACUGGUAGAUAUGAAGUGGACGGAUAUGUCUAUGAUGCAGUAGAGGAACCCAAAAUAUUGAUUACUGGAAAGUGGAAUGAUUCAAUGAGCUAUCAACCAUGCGAUGGUGAUGGUGAACCCCUUCCAGGCACCGAGCUCAAAGAGGUAUGGAAAGUUGCUCCAACCCCAGCGAAUGAUAAGUUCCAGUUUACUCAUUUUGCCCAUAGAAUAAACAGCUUUGACACUGCGCCUAAAAAUUUAUUACCUUCUGAUUCCCGCUUGCGGCCUGAUAGAUUUGCACUAGAACUGGGCGACUUGUCCAAAUCUGGUUCUGAAAAGAGCAAUUUGGAAGAGCAGCAGAGAGCUGAGAAGAAACACAGAGAAGCCCGGGGGGACCAGUUCCGCCCAAAAUGGUUUAACAUUACAGGUGAAAUUACUCCCACACCUUGGGGCGAUCUUGAAGUCUACGAAUACAAUGGAAACUACACAGAGCGCAGGGCUUCUAUCGACAAUUCAGAUACCAUAGAGGAGGUUGAUGUCAAAUCAAUAAAGUUCAACCCAUGGCAGUAUCCAGAUCUCCAUUAAGUGUUAGCCCUUCUAUCUUAUUUCUAUGCCCUCAUUCUUCCCCUUCAUUUGUCUGUGUGGAUUAUGUUUAUUCUGAUUUUCCUAGUAGUAAUGAUUAAAUAGUUUAUGUGAACUUGAAUCAUGCGGUUCUCUUUGUUGUAUUUAACGUUUUUAACCAAUUUAUAAAUUUUAUAAUUCUUAGAAGCAUA